CUACUGUAUGGGCAACAUUAAAAAGUAUCUGCAAGAGACCACUUUACAUGGAUUCAAGUAUUUGGCAGAUAGCUCUUUAUCCAAUUGGGAAAAAUUAUUUUUCUUUGCCGCCUUGCUGUCUUGUUCCGUGGUUGUGAUCCAUUUAAUAUCGAACAUCUAUGCACGCUGGGACAGUACACCAGUUCUCAUCGGCAUAAGUCCUCAUCCAAUACCCAUAGUGAAUUUACCCAUGCCAGCCAUAACAUUGUGCAACAUGAAUCAGGCUCUUUACUCUAGAGUUGCAAACUACUCAAAAGACUCCAAGGAAUAUGCCAUACUAAGAUAUCUAUGCUUCUCCGACUCGAUGACCGUUACUGAUUUUGAAAAUUCAGAAGAGUUCAAAAACAACGAUAUCCAAAUCUCUGAUUUUAUAACUCAGCAUGCCCAUCCUUGUUCCCGUAUGCUACUUCAAUGCCAAAUUGGUUCAAUUGUCUACAAUUGCAGUGAGCUAUUCCGUGAAGUACUAACCGAUGAGGGACUAUGUUGCUCCUUCAACACUUUGGAACCGGAAUUUUUAUUUAAAGGAAACUAUCAUAUUAUCAAGGCCCUGCCUCGAAACUCAGAGUUCCAGCCUGUCACCUGGAGUCCGGAAACUGGUUAUCAGUCUAAUUUACCACCUAAAUAUUAUCCUCAUCGCACAUUGGGAACGGGCAUUUCAAUGGGCAUAACAAUAUUUUUAAAUGCUGAAGUUGAUGAGUACUAUUGUUCUUCGACCAGCGGUCCUGGCUUCAAAUUGUCUCUCAGCAGUCCCAUCGAUAUGCCACAGGUCAAGGAAGUCGGUGUUACAGUGCCUCUACGAUCGGAGACACGAUUUCGUAUGGACGUUAUUCGUUCAGAAUCCGCAACGGCUAUACGAAGCAUAAAACGUCAACAGCGUCAGUGUGUGUUUUUAAAUGAAAUACCGUUACUCUAUUACAAAUACUACUCGAAGCGUCAUUGCGAGAACGAAUGUCAAUCGGCCUAUCUGAUACGACAAUGUGGCUGCAUACCUUAUCAUCUGCCACCCAUUUAUAGUAAUGCCACAUUUUGUACCAUGAAAAGUUCCUUUUGCGUUGAAAGGGCCCAGCAGAGAUUUUCUAGAGCUUUAACGGGUAAUUGUCUGUCACGAUGCAUGCCUAGUUGUUUUGAUUUGACCUUUAUGCCAGAUGCAUUUUCAUCUUCACUAACCUCACGUAAUUAUUCCAUACAAAGUCCGUUAUUAGCCUCAAUGAGCAGAGAGGAGUUAAGCAAUAUUGCGGUAUUGCAUUUUUAUUUUCGAGAAUCGGUGAUACAUUCGGAAUUGAAAAAUGUCUACAUUGGAUUAACGGAAUUUUUGUCUAACACCGGUGGCAUAUUGGGCCUCUUUAUGGGGUUCAGUUUUAUUUCUGUAGCUGAAAUUGUUUAUUUCUCAGUUCUGCGGCCUGUUUUCAAGUUUGUGGUCCCUAAAAAAUAUAGAAAAUCUGCUCACAUAAGGAGAGUUAGCGAAAAUAAAAAUUGGUUGCCUGACGAAAUUACCAAGGCUACCCGAAAAUCAAUACAACCCUAAAUUUAAAGUCAGAAAAUUAUUCUUUGUUUAUAUUUUAAAGAAUAAUAAUAAAAUAUUUUAAUAUUUUUUGUCCAAA